AUGGAACCGAUUCUUUGCGUUAAUGGCUGCGGCUUCUUCGGAACAACGGAGAACCGAAACAUGUGUUCCAAGUGCUACAAAGACUUCCUCAAGCGAGAGAUCAUAAUACCGAGUUCGAACUCAAUCACAACCGUCGAUCAACCUGAUCACGCAUAUUCUUCUUCAACGUCCCAAGACGACGUAGAUGUUUCUGAAGUGACGGCUCUGAUGGGGAGUUUGACGGUCGGGAAAAACAGGUGCAAGAGCUGCAACAAGAAGGUCGGGCUGACGGGGUUCCGGUGCCGGUGUGGGAAUUUGUUCUGUGGAAGGCACCGGUUACCGGAGGCUCAUGCUUGCAACGUCGAUUACAAGACCGUUCGUGGCCGGAAUGACCAAGAUUUGGCUGAGAUCAUCAAGGGUGAUAAGUUGAUGUGGAGAGCAUAG